AUGGCUCUGAGAAAGUGCGGAAAUCUUUUCGUCGCUGGUCUAGCAGGACAAUCGUCUAGAGCGGCGUCGACCAUGACCGUUCGUGACGCUCUAAACCAGGCGAUGGACGAGGAAAUCAGACGGGACGAUCGAGUUUUCCUUUUGGGAGAGGAGGUUGCUCAAUACGACGGAGCCUAUAAGAUUUCCAAGGGAUUAUGGAAGAAGCACGGUGAUAAGCGCAUCAUCGACACGCCAAUCACUGAAAUGGGCUUCGCUGGAAUCGCUGUCGGCGCGGCGUUCGCUGGUCUCCGUCCAAUUUGCGAGUUCAUGACAUUCAAUUUCUCAAUGCAAGCCAUCGAUCAGAUCAUCAAUUCGGCCGCCAAGACGUAUUAUAUGUCUGCUGGAAGAGUCCCCGUGCCAAUUGUGUUCCGUGGACCAAACGGAGCCGCCGCUGGAGUCGCUGCUCAGCACUCGCAAGACUACUCGGCAUGGUAUGCUCACUGUCCAGGACUGAAGGUCCUAACACCAUACAGUGCUGAGGACGCCAAGGGUCUGCUCAAGGCCGCCAUUCGUGAUGAUAAUCCGGUGGUCUUCCUGGAAAACGAGAUUCUCUACGGUCAAUCAUUCCCAGUGUCCGACGAAGUGCUCUCCGACGAUUUCGUCGUUCCAAUUGGAAAAGCCAAGAUCGAGAGAUCCGGAGACCACGUGACGAUCGUCUCCUACUCCCGUGGUGUCGAAUUCGCCCUCGAAGCCGCGAAACAACUCGAAUCGAUUGGCGUCUCGGCGGAAGUGAUCAACCUCCGAUCGCUCCGCCCAUUCGAUUUCGAAUCGAUCCGUCAGUCGGUCCACAAGACGCACCAUUUGGUUUCCGUGGAGACUGGAUGGCCAUUCGCUGGAAUUGGUGCUGAAAUUGCCGCUCAGGUCAUGGAGAGCGAUGUGUUCGAUCAGUUGGAUGCCCCGCUUUUGAGAGUGACCGGUGUGGACGUCCCAAUGCCAUAUGCUCACAGUCUCGAGCAAGCCGCCCUUCCAACCACCGAGCACGUCGUCAAGGCCGUCAAGAAGAGUCUGAAUAUUCAAUAA